CCUCAGUUGCCGUGGUGUGAUACCUGUUUGUGCACGUGGUCGGUCGGACCGUUGGGGAUGCGCGCGCAGCACAUUGGACCGCUGUCACCGUCCUCGGUUCUUCCGCCCCCUUCCUCCCUCCCUUCCUCUCUGGCAGCUCUUUUGAGACCGCAGGCCACUCUGCGCAUCCUCCGUUGGGGGAAAACAUUCAGCGAGUGUGCGCACAUUGCGUGGAUGGUAUUUGGUUUUCGGAAUAUCCAGUUCCCGUGCAUAUUAUUGCCGAGACCUUGAGUGAAGUGUGCGACAUAAUCUCUGCAAAAGGCUGAGUGACCGCACAGUGUUCACUAUUUCAUCCUCCCUCGCCCCCUUCUUCCGUCUUCGUCCUUCUUCCUUCUUCCUGUUUUCCUCGUCUUCUUUCCCCAUUCCCCCCUUUCCCCUUCCUUCGUCGUUCCCUUCCCCCCGUUCGACAGGUCUUGGUAAUUGGACGUGUGGUGACCUGGCCGAUGGUGACAUGUCCCUGGGGGGCUUCAGUAUAGCACGCUACCACGACUCCAUUCUCAACCUGUACAAGCGCGCUCAGGGCGUCAAGGGCUCGCCGUUCACGCUGCUGGCGAGCCCCUGGAGCCCGCCGCCGUGGAUGAAGACGGCCUCCAGCUCGGGGGAGCGCAGGUUCGACGGCGACGGGCACCUCAGGCCCGAGUGCGGUGCGGCCUGGGCCCGGCACUUCGCCAAGUUUGUGGAGGCCUUGAAGCAGGAGGGGAUUAACGUCUGGGGCGUCACGGUGCAGAACGAGCCGGAGGCAGCGCAGAUCUGGGAGUCCUGCAUCUAUACGGCGGAGGAGGAGCGGGACUUUGUGCGCGAUCACCUGGGGCCAGCCCUCGAGAGGCACGGUGUGAAGAUCCUCGUGUGGGACC